AUGUUAGCAUAUAAAAGCAAAUUAUUCUUCCACGAUUUCGUCAGUCACACAUCAGCUACCACUUCAACCACCAUGGAAUCAGUUAUCAGAUUUUUCUUAAUUUUCUCCAUCGGAGUCUGCUCCGCCUUAUACCCCAGCGCCAACUACGACACAGUAGUAAUCCCCGCUGCCAAAACCGUAGUACCGCCAAAACCCGCCACCGAGUACGGAGUACCAUUUAAACCAACAGUCCGAGAACUGACUACCGCACGCCCCAGAACACCUGAAGAAACCUACGGACUACCACAAGUCAGAGUUCCAUCUAUCCUUUAUGGCGUACCAACCAAAACCUUCGAUUUCGAUGUGACCGAUGUAGUUCAAAAAACUGCUCCAGCAAAACCAAGUGAAACUUACGGAGUACCACAGGUACGAAUUCCGUCUACUUCGUACGGAGUACCAGUGCAACGAGUCGCCGUGCCGAAGAAAACUGUCAUCAGUUAUGUAGUACCAGCGGUCCGUACUCUGGAUUUCGAGUUAGAUGGUGGUGAUGACGAUGAUGCUGAGGUGAUUGAAGUAGCUAAGCCACAGAAACCUGCUAUUGUUUAUGGAGUUCCCACUGCUAGGACUGUAGUACCGUCUAUGGAAUAUGGAGUACCGACGAAAAGCUACGAGUUGCCUAAAGUUAGAGUACCAGCUGUUGUGUAUGGAGUACCGGAGAAGCCAAGUGAGACGUAUGGAGUACCAAGUGUGAGAGUUCCAGCUACGGAGUACGGAUUGCCUUGA